AUGAGUCAAUCCAAACCCCAAAAAAAUAUUUUAUUAAUUUUUGGAGGAACUGUUGUAAACGAUGAUUGUAUGUUUGAAGCUGAUGUACUUGUUGAAGGAAAUAAAAUUAUUGCUGUUAAACAAGGGUUGGCUAAGGAAUUUUCUAAACAGAGUAAUAUUGAAGUAAUUGAUGCUAGUGGACGUUUAGUGAUCCCUGGAGGUAAAUGA